GUUUUAUUCAAUUUUCUUCCUUUGCCUGGUGCAAUCUUCUCCGAUUUCUCUUCUUCUAAAAUCUUUUUUCUUUUGCUUCUCUUCAAACUCUUUGAUAUCUUUAUUUCUCUUUCGAUCGAUCUUGGGCUGGUUUCAAGAACGAACUUACCUUUUUUCUGUUGCAACUCUUCUUUUCUUCUAUCCUUUUUUAUAGCCUUUUCUUCACCGUCACCAUGGUUAAAAACAUGCAAAUCGAAUCAAGACAACCUUCUGUUCAACAUGCAAGUCAAUCACGUCGUCGUAGUCAUCGUGCAAGUUCUGCUUUAACGUUACUAUUAGCCGUUCAAGCUUGUAGUUUGGGAACAGUGGUUUCAGCAAGACCUGGCGUGGUGAUUGCAAGAAGUGAAUCGGCCACUGCUCUUUCAGCAUCAACGGCUACAAUUUCAUCUUCUUCAUCUGUGGUGUCACCGUAUCAAUCCAAUGAAGCAAGGUCACUUUAUCGUCAAGCUGAAGUGUCUCAAGAUCAAACUUCAACAACUUCUUACUCUACUUCAUCACAAUCUUCUGCCACGGCAAUUGCUAGAAGUGUAGGAGAAUUUCCAACCGUGACUUCAUCUUCAAACGCAACAAGUACUGCUACCAGUACGAAUCAGGCUGAUGGUGAUGCACCUGUGCUACUUCGACAGGCAGAUCCAGAACCUUCUGCAAGUGUUACUUCAUCUUCAAGCAUGGCUAUGGAAACUGCAACGGUUACUUCAACUUCUGCAGCUGCCUUUGAUGUACAGCCAACUGCAACAGAAUCAUCCUCUGAGCCAUCGCCCACUGCUACAACAGAAACAUCUUCUGAAUCAUCACAGCCAGCCGCUUUUGAUGUACAGCCAACUGCUACAGAAACAUCCUCUGAGCCAUCGCCCACUGCUACAACAGAAACAUCUUCUGAACCAUCACAGCCAGCCGAGACGUCAACGGAUGAUAGCAAAGCAGUGACUGAAGCAGAAAAUGACGGGAACAAGGUAGAAAGACGUGACUACAACGACGAUGGUGGUGAUAGCGAAGAUUCAGGCAGCACUGCAAGUGGUGAUGAAGGAUCAUCAAGUGAAAGUUGUUCUGAUGAAGACGAGAGUGAUGAACAACGACAAGAAAAUGUGAAAGCGUUUCCCGUUGCAUCUACACUUGGUCAAAUUGGAAACACUCUACCUUUGAAACGGUAUGCUGCAGUUUAUGACGCUGCUUUGACGGCAAGAUCUUUGGAUGAUUUUGUUGAAUCGGUUAGUCAUUCAAAACGAUCAUGGUUCGAUGAAGCAUUCACCAACCCUAGCAAGAUGCACAAGGAUGAUGGUGCAAUGUAUUCGGUAAUGAAACGAAUGAUGGCAGCUCAUCAAAAGCAAGUAGACAUCCACAAGAGAUUGUUGGAUCUCGUUGCAAGUGCAUCAACUAAACGAGAUCAUGCAAAUGCACGUAGACAAGAAGAUCCAACGAUGACAUCAUCUUCUCCCUCUUCUACAGACGAAGGGAGUGCGUUCCCCAUCGUUUCAAAUUCUGCAUCACCCACCGAAGAAGUAGAAAGACGUGAUGGUCAACCUACUGCUUCUUCGGCCAUCCACGGUCAAUGGAACGAACAUGACCAUCAAUGUCUUUGUACUCCAUCAAGUUCAUCAACACCUUCUGCAAGUGCAUCCGCAACAACAACAACAAAGCGUGAUGAUAUCCCCGCAGAUCAGAGGCAUCAUCAACUUUUGGCUUCCGCGAUGAGCGAUUGGUCCUUUGUCUCCGGUUGGCUUUCGUCAAGAUUACCGGUUGAUUUGCAUAAGCAAGUCAUUCAGGCUUUACAUGAAUCUUCCCAACAGCCAGCCACCACAGCAUGACUAACGUAUCC